CAUUUUCAUUUUAGUUUGUAAAGAUUUUUUGUGGCGGUAGCUGUGUUAUUUGUGCUCGGGUGAUAAAAUAGGAAAUGAUACACUUUUCACACAAAAUAUCGGAUUUUUGGACGUUUUAUGAAAUAGUUUGUGUGUGAUUCAGUUAUUGGUGUCGUUUUUAUUUGUUGCAAUCGUUAUUUGUUUGUGAAAAUAGUGUUUUAUUUGGCGUAAUCUUUGGUUCAGUGCAGUGGUCUGAAGAAGGAUUUGUACAGCUUGCAGCUUUUAUUUCCUGCAACAUUCUGCAUUAUUUACGAAUCUAUGAGAUGUUGGUGCGGCGGUGAGGCGUGGAUGUGCUGACGCGAGCAGCGGCGACGACAUGGCCGAGUAGGCGUCCGACACUCCGUUUUAGUAGUGUGUGGGCUAGUCCCGGACCGCGAUGUCCGAGUACUCGCCGCCGCGGCUGUCGCGCCUCUUGCACGCGCUGCCCCACAUCAACGUGACGCUGCACCGCGUCAACGACACUUUCGCGCCCAACUCGCCCGUCUAUGUCGAGAGUCUGGGCAUCCUGGCGUCCAUCCCGGGCGCGUGGCUCAUCCUCACGCUGCUCGUGCUGCUCGUGUACCUGCUGUCGCGCUGCUGCGACCGCAAGCAGCGCCCGCCGCACUGCAUCACCGCUCUGAAGGUACGGACUAGUGUAUUCCAGGGUCUGGGCAUCCUGGCGUCCAUCCCGGGCGCGUGGCUCAUCCUCACGCUGCUCGUGCUGCUCGUGUACCUGCUGUCGCGCUGCUGCGACCGCAAGCAGCGCCCGCCGCACUGCAUCACCGCUCUGAAGGUGACACUAAUGAUCCUGUCGGUACUAUGUUGCGGCGCGAUCGGCGUGGGGCUGUUCGGCAACGAUGACUUGCACAACGCCGUGUUGCAGAGCAUCCAGGCCGGGAACCAGCUGGCGGCUCUGGUCAAUACUGUUAAGAACCAGUCGAGUAUCCUCGAAGAAGCGAUGGGGUCCCGCGCGCGCGCCCCGCUCACCCGCCUGGCUGAUGCCCUCGACGCACCAGUAGCCAAUCAGACGGCGCUAGGGACGUUACUGCGAGCGCUGUCGUCUCUGAGGAACAAUGCGACGAUUGCUGCAGCCGCUGCGGAUAAUUUAAGGCGGCCGCUGGUUGCGUUGAACUUGGAUGACUUUAUGAAGCGAGUGUGGGUGUGGGAGGCGAUGCGCUGGGCGGGCGGCAUGGCGGGCUGGUGCCUCGGCGGCGCGGUGUGCGUGGCGCUGCUGGCCGCCGCCGCGCGCCGCUCCCGCCGCGCGCUCGUGCUGCUGGCCGUGGGAGCUCUCUGCGCCCUCGUGGCCUGCUGGCUGGCAGCUGCGCUGCUGACGUGCGCGGCCGUAGCCUUAGCGGACGCGUGCCAGGACCCGGCCAGCGCGGUGGCGCAGCACGCGCCGCACCGCCUGCCGCCCGACAUGGUGCACUACUACCUGGCCUGCGUGGUGUCUCGAGAGAACGUCCUGACAUCGGAACAACGCAGCAGUCACCGCGCCGUGGUGGCCGUGAGGCAGGCACUUGGAACCUUGGCACACCAGGCGCCGCUGCUGUUUAAUGACCCCGGUCUCCAGCCAGCGCUAGGCGCGCUGGGCGCGGGCACGGGCGAGGCGGAGCGCGCCCUAGCCGCCCUCAACGGAGCCCUAGAGUGCCGCACGGCUCGCGCGCACUUCGCGCCCGCCGCGCGCGCACUGUGCGACGCGGGCCUGCAGGCGCUGACGCUGCAGCUGGUGGCGGCGGUGGCGGCGGGCUUCCUGUUCACGGCCAUCGUGCUCGUCGACUCGCACGCCUGGAUCUACAUCAACACCAAACGCGCCGGCACCGGCGAAGAGCGCGCCCCCUUCCUCUCCGUCAACUCGUCCAGCACCCUCCCUCGCCCCCCGCCGCGCGCCCCCGCCGCCCCCGCGACCAACGGGAACCCGCCCUCGUACAGCGCGGCCGUGCAGCUGAUGGAGCUCGCCACUGAGAGGACCAGCUUCUCCAUACCCGCGACCGGUCGCGCCCGGCUCUCCGGCACGGCAACACUCGGCCGCGGCGCCCCCGGCCCGGCCGCCGCCGGCGGAGCCCACACCCUGGCCCGAGCGCCCCACGGGAAGUACGCCACGCUCAGCAAGCAGUGCAAGACGCUCGAGGCCAACGACUUCUACUGAGAGCGGCCGGGCGCGCGCGCUGAACAGACUCAGGCAGCUAAAAUGCAGAGCCUGAACCGUUUCGACCCGAAGUACGCUUCGUUCGGUCCCCGCGCGCCCCGCCCCCGCCCCGCGGCGCCCCUGCCCCCGCACCCGCCGCUCGCCACCUUCACCCCCUCUGUCGCCUGCUCGCCAGAUAAAUACGCCACCGUCAGACCUUCCAAGAGACAAGGUAAUGAGCCUCAGCCGCUAUCAGCCGCAGCGCUUGAGUAUAGAUCUCUGCAAAGGCCUAGAAGACAACAGGACUCGAGGCCGCCUCAAACUGGCACCACCCAUAGAAGGAGGCCCCAGCAGCAGCCGCAACAUGAUACUAGGGAUUUGUACGCUGUUACCGAACUGUAGGAGAUUUGUGUGCGCCCGAAAUGUGACAUUAUGGAGUUAUGAGACUUGUGAGUGUGAGUCGUUGGAUUUGGAUUAUAAGUCUAGUGUUUGAAGUAGAAAAGGACGCUGUGUUUUAAAGUUUGAACUGAGACUUAACCGAUAUUAUGUAGAGGAAUAUAGGAUUUUGAACGUCUAGAUAAUUUUAACUUGUCUUUAGAAAAGGAAGGGAUUGAAAGGUGUGUGAAAAGUGACUUUUUAGUGUUUGUAAGUAAUGGUACGCUCGUAACACCCUAUGUGAAUCAUAGUGUGGGCUAGAGCGACUGAACUAAAGUAAACGAAUAGUUUCGAUUAAAGACGAGCCGAUUGUAUCGAUCUACAAUCUUAGAUCAAAUAUCUACUGCAAUAACACAAAAGCUAAAACUUGCUCAAAACUGAAGAAUUAAAAAAAAAAAUUCUAUUCGCGUCAUUGCGGUAGUGAAUACUUUGUAAAUAUUUUCUGUAGAAAACUUGUGUCAUACAACUUUUGAUAGCACAAAACUAUUUGUAUUUAUAAACAUAUUUUUACUGUGAAACUAAUCUGUGUAAGGCUCUAAGGGGAGGCCUAUAACUGUGAACCUCAAAACAAACACCAACCUAUAAUAAUGUUUUCUUUCACUAAUGCAGUAUAAGAAAAAAACUUACAGAUGUUACAUGAAAAUUGUCCAUUCUAUACGGCUGUGCUCGAAAUCCGGGAAAUGUGACCAAUUUAUUUAAGUGACUACUACUUUUGGUGUUGUCUUAAUAAAAUUAUUGUGUGUCAUACUUUGACCAGUGGGUUUAAUCUGGCUGUUCACACAAUGUUCUCUUUCAAUCCAAUUUAAGAAUGUGUAAUUUAUUAAGAUAAUUGAAGGAGGAUAAGAUUUUAAAUGUGUAUAAAACAGCUAUGUUAGACCCACACAUAAUUUCAAAUGUCAAUGUACAUAACGUUAAAUCGAGGUAAUGUACGAUAAUUUUACAACGCCUGGUUAUUUUUGGGCCUUUUAGAUAUAGCCUAAACAGACGCCUUGUGAUAUUGUUUAUUGCACGUACACAAGACUGCAAAGAAACCUGACCUGUCACAACAGUGAUACCUGUGAAAAUGUGGACAGCUGUCAAAAUUAUGCAAAAUUUAUGGUACACACAACUCUAUUAAGUACAUAAUUAUGGUAAUUUUGCAUUUAUAUAUUUCUACAUACAAUAUAACAAGGCGUCUAUAAGGAUAAACCGAGAAUGAUUUUAAGACUGUGUGAGUGUCCUCGAUAGACUUGUUUCAGCACAUUUUGUACAUACAGCUUGGUCGCUCAACAUAGAGUAAUAGAAUAUAAAUAACAAACACUCCGGGUGUCCCUGUAUAGAUGAGUACAUGAUGAUAUUGAUUUAGAAUACAUUAUGUAUAGUGUUAAGGCGGUGAGACACUAGAUUUGUGUACUUUUGGCUACACGGCAGAGAAACUGCUUAAAGCGCAAAAGUAGUGUAAUUUCUUUUGGAUACUCACAUAUUGUGUAUAAAAAGUAGAUAUGUAUACUUAUAAUAAGCAUUUUUUCGUAGGGUGUGUUGUGUGAUCAAACAUUUUUUUAAAUAUCUAAAAUUACAAAUGUGACAAAUAUUCUAUUAGAAUCUCGCGAGCUAAUUUUGAAUCGUGUGGAUUUUUCGACGUAGCAGCUCAAACGAUUUUAAUGUGUUCUAGUGUGGACCUAAUGUAUAUAGAUAAUGUAAUAUUUCAUUGUUAUUAUAACAAUCUGCACUGUUAUAAUUCCUUAUAGCGUCAAGUUACGGGAACUAAAGCCUACAUAACAUUCCAUGGACGCUGAAUUGCAUUAAAUCUGCAGGCAGUAAGACUAAAUUGAGUUUGAUACAGAACACCGAAAAUGUAACAAAAAAAUUAUAGCCAUAUAACUUAGAAAAUUUUUGGUGUAGUAUGGCCUGGCCUCAUAUUUUGAAGGUGAUUUUCUAGCAUAAAUAUACUUA